UCCCUCGUUUUCUGCUCUCUCUCUCUCUGUCAAAACCCUCGUUUUCUGCUCUCUCUCUCUCUCUCUCUCUCGCUGAGUCUCUCCCUAGAUUCGGCGUCUCCCUCUUGCUGGAUCCUCCAUCGGACUUCUCCCACUAUAAUCCAUGUCCGGCGACGCGCGAUCUUCUUCCUUGGCAGCUCCGCCUCCGUCGCCGGCGCCGGCGCAGUAUGCAACGUCGUCUUCGGCGACAUCUGCUCCGGUAGUUCCACCCAUUCGCCGGAACUUAGCAUUCGCAUCCACAAAGCCGCCGUUCCAUCCGCCUGACCACUACCACCGAUUUGCCCCUUCUGCUAGUAAUACUAGCGAUAGUAGCGUUGUUGUUAAUGGCUGUAGAAUCGCCGAUCAGGAGGAGGACGCCAUUGUAGUUAGAUCUCCUGCAUUAAAGAGAAAGCCUUCAGUGGAUGCGGGUGAUAUUCAAUCUAACAAUGGUUUCAUUAGUUCUGGUUUCAAUGGCAUAUCCAACAGUACCUGUCAAACCCCUGUUUCUGCAAAAGGAGGGAGAAUCAACAACAGGUCGAAGGCCUCCAAAGGCAACAGAUCAACUCCACAAACACCCAUAUCAAAUGCUGCUUCUCCUGCUACGCUUACGCCUACUGGCAGUUGUCGAUACGACAGUUCGUUAGGUCUUCUGACAAAGAAGUUCAUCACAUUAAUUAAGCAAGCGGAAGAUGGAAUGUUGGAUUUGAACAAAGCUGCAGAGACGCUGGAGGUGCAGAAACGGCGUAUUUAUGAUAUCACAAACGUUUUGGAGGGAAUUGGUCUCAUUGAAAAGAAGUUGAAGAACAGAAUACAGUGGAAGGGGGUUGAUGCAUCAAGGCCUGGAGAUAUGGAUGCCAAUGUUAUUGUCUUACAGGCAGAAAUUGAAAACCUUACUAUCGAAGAGCAAACACUAGAUAAUCAAAUCAGGGAAAUGCAGGAAAGAUUGAGAGAUUUGAGUGAGAAUGAAAACAAUCAGAAAUGGCUUUUUGUAACGGAGGAAGACAUCAAGAGCUUACCGUGUUUUCAGAAUGAAACUCUGAUAGCCAUCAAAGCUCCUCAUGGGACAACUUUGGAAGUCCCUGAUCCAGAUGAAGCUGCUGACUAUCCACAAAGGAGAUACAGGAUAAUUCUCAGAAGCACAAUGGGUCCUAUCGAUGUAUAUCUUGUGAGCCAAUUUGAAGAGAAGUCUGAAGAUGCAAAUGGAGCCGAUCCACAAGCAAUAUUGCCAAUUGCGUCUGGCUCGGGGUCCAAUGAAAACCAUGACAUGGAAACUUUUACCAUUGGCAACACAAGAAGUGAGAUUCAGCCUCAGGUGGCUCAUGCUCAACCCAGUACCUCAGAUCUUGAUUCUUUACAGGACCAAGUUGGAGGAAUGCUCAAAAUUACGCCCUCUGAUGUCGAUAAUGAUGACUACUGGCUUCUCUCUGGAAAUGAGCUUAGCAUGACAGAGUAUUGGAAAACCGACUCUACAGCUGGUAUCGAUUGGGAUUUCGGAAUAGCCGAUGUCAGUACACCACGGGCUGAAACACCGUCUAUAACGGGUGAGAUACCGUCCACCACUCAGAGGUAACCAAGCAUGGCUGUACACAUGGUACAGAAACCGUAAAAAAAAAGAAAAGGAAAAAGGAAACACCUCAGUAUCUGAUCCGAACUGUACGUUGCAUCAGUUCCUGAGGAGGUAAUGGCUCAAAAAUGGUGUAAACUUAUUAACCCGUGACUGAAACCGCUGCUAUGCCAUUCCCUAUCGGGUCUUUAGACUGGCAAUGGAGGAAUGGCAAAGAGUUAGAGCCCGAGGAACGAGGAGAUCAAUACUCAUCUAACGACGUUUCUCAGGUUCGUUUAUUGUAUCCUGAAGUCAUAUCGUUUUUUUUUUAAUCUUUGAGUGAACUUGUUGUAGAGGAUUGAGGGAACUUAGAGUUGGAUUGAAGAGGAAUGUAAGAUAUAGAGAUUUAUCAUCGGCUUCUUGUGUUUGAACCCAAAGACUGUUGAUUUGGGUUCAAUGCCCAAUUUUUUCAAACAGGUUAUUGGUUUUAUUUAAGAAAAUCACUUA